CGGAUGGGAAAGGGGAAAACCGCAGCCAGAAGCCAAUUUUCCGCGAUGUCUGACUAAGAAGUUUGCUCGGUACAACGACGACGACGACCACGAUAGCCGGAGUAAACGAAAAAAUAACGUAGAAAGUAUGCAAAAGUGGGAAAACAAAGAGAGGAAAAAUUAAGACAAAGUUAAACCACUUGAUGUACCCUUGGGUGUCCUGUGUUUGUGUCCUGGAGUGCCGCCUGUCGAGUGUCUUUUGCCGAAAUCACUUUUAAAAUUUGUUUGCUUUUGCCGCAUUCAAAAUGGAUAUUAGAAUGCCGCGCUAAAAUAAAAAAAAGCAGGAGCGUAAACAGGACAAACAACAGAAGCCGAGGAUAUCUCCAAGGAUGCGUGAGCGUCUGCCGUAACGUAAAAAAGGGAUUAUUGUGCAUCAUUUCGGCCCAUAACCGGAAUAAAGAGAAUAAAAGCGUGCCAAGGAGGUGAAGGAAGAAAUAUCCUCAAGUCGGAUUAGGCGAUAAAUUGUUACUGAAGUGUAAACGUUUUCUCACGUGUUAAAUCGUUAAAUAUAAACCCUCGCAGCUGUAUAUAUACAUACUCUAUUUAAGCCACAAUUGUUCCACAACAGCUCGGCCAUAUGGUCAUUGAAACUUAUUGCCAAGAACUUUAAACUGUGAGUUAAACGUGGCGCCUAAGAAAAGCCAUCGGGAAACUUGUUAAACACUAUAAAUGGUGCGAGUUCUUCAAGUUGUUUUUUGUGCCAAAAGUUUCGCCCAUUAGUCAUUGAGAACAUAGUGUGGAUAGUUUUGCAUGACGACCGUGCAAUUUAUUAACUUUUAUGCGACGGCCUGAGAAAGUGCACCGAAAAGGAUAUUUUAUGAAAUUAAUUGAGAAACGAUUAUGAAAGUCGCCAAUAAAACUUGACCACCCAACAAAGCCGAAAACACUUAAAUAAAUAUAUAAAUCAAGCUUAACGAAAAUAGUGCAAAUCGAGGGCAGAGUGCCCAGAAACUAAACAAUAAAACAGCAAAAAAUUCGCUUGAGAAAACGCAACGUAAAACUUGUGGCAGACGCAUAAAGAAGAGUUGCAAUUUCGGGUUUUUUUCUUCGGAAAAUGGAUAUAAAAUCGAAUGAAAUAAAGUGAAAUAAAGAAAAAAACGGAAAUAAAUAAAAUAGGUUGGAGAAGCCCCAAAAUGCAGGCUAGAAACAUCUAAGCCCCUUCCCCGAGCGCAUUAAUUCAAUAAACCUAUUUAUCUGGGACUUCGACUGGGAUUUGGCCGGAGGAGCGGAGAAUGCGACAAAGUUUGCCAGCCAAGACGGCGCAGUGCAAUCAGCAGGUCCUGAAACCGAGUCCAAGGAUCCAAAGGAGCCAGAUUCGAUGCCGCAAACGAGUCCCAAUUGGAGGCAGGCGGACAAUGAGCGCACAAAAGGCGCUGUAAGUGUCAUUGCAGCCAGGAACUGGGCCACUGGGACUGCCACGCAGGACGACUAGAGCCAGAAGAGCACCGUCACCAGCAGCGGAGCCAGAGUCAGGACCCGGAUAGCGACGUUGACAACUGAGAUGACAGCGGCCGGCGGAGACGGGGGGCGGUGGUGUCGCCAGUCCUUCGGCAGCUCCCCACCAGCAUCUUGGCGGCAUCUUAGCCCCGUCUCUGUGAUCCUGGUCCUGGUCCUGGUCCUUGGCUUUGGGAUGCAGCUUGUCACCUGCAGCUCCCCGGGGGAGCCAGCGCCAAUGAUACAGCCAGCAACGGCCACAAGAUCCACUUUGCCAGAUAGGCCAGUGACAACACAAAACGAUCUAAUUACGACAGCCAGCAACUUGACGACAGCAAAAAAGGCAGUGGCAGUGGCAGUGGCAUCAGCAUCAGCAGUAGCAGCAACCGAGGCAACAAGCUCACGGAGCACGGUCGUAGUGGCCCGGGGCAUGUCAUCAGCAGAUGUGGCAGGAGCCACGAUAGCACCGACCCAGUCAGCACAAAUUGGGCUAACUACUCAGUCCACAGACGGGCAAACAGAGGCACAGACAGGAGCAGCAACAUCCACUGUCACAGCAGCCACACAAGCCGCAACAGCAGCAGCAGCAACAGCAUCAGCGGCAUCAGCAGAGCUGCUCAUAUCAACAAUUUAUCCGCCAUCAACGGAGAAGUCGACGGAAACGGAAAUGGAAAUGGAUGUGCACAACUCCAUCGAGGCCAGCGGCAAGAUGGCGGCUGUUGAGAAUUCCCUGACCAAGGGUUUCUCCAUCCCGACAUUCCUGCCGCCAUUUCCCGUUUUCGCGGCCGCAGAUCUGCCAGCUUACCGCGCCGCUGCGGAUGCUGCCGCAGCGGCAGCGGCCAAGUUGGCGGCCGAAACGGCAAAGGCUGCGGCAGAGGCGGCAGCAGCAGUCGCAUCCUCCGAAGCGGUGACAAUGUCGCCGGAGGAGCAGCGCCGGCGAAUGUUUAAUGAGCAGCACUCCUACCUGGUCGCCCACCGGCAGGCGGCGGAUGGGACGGGACCGGCGGUGCGUCGCAAUCUAACAAUGCCCGUGCUAAACAUCACCGCCCAGAUGGGAAACCACGCCUACAUGCCAUGCCAGAUUCACCGCCUGUCGGACAAGCCCGUUUCGUGGGUGCGCAUGCGCGACAACCACAUCAUCAGUGUGGACGAGACAACUUUCAUAGCGGAUGAGCGCUUCCAGUCGAUCUUCCAGGAGGAUCACGACUACACGUGGUCCCUGCAGAUCAAGUACGUCCAGCCAAGCGAUGCCGGCUGGUACGAAUGCCAAAUGGCCACGGAGCCCAAGUUGAGUGCCAAGGUGCACCUACAGAUAGUCACACCCAAGACUGAGCUAAUUGGGGAUCAGAGCCGCUUUGUAAAGGCCGGCAGUAAGGUGGCCCUACACUGCAUCGUCCGGGGAACUCUGGAUCCGCCCAAGUACAUCAUCUGGUUCCGGGGCCAGAAGAAGAUAAGCGAGAUGGAUGAGCGAACCGGCUGGUACACGCAGCUGGAUCGUAACAUAUUUGGCACCGUGGGCGAUAAUCAGAAUACGAUCGGCUCAUUAAUCAUACCGCUCGUGCGGAAAGAGGAUUCCGGCAAUUAUACGUGCCAGCCGUCGAACAGUGUCUCCGUGUCCGUGGACCUGCACGUGUUAAGCGGUGAAUAUUCCGCAUCGGCCAUCAUGUCAGCGGCGGCAAGGACGACGAUGCCGUAUGGCAGGAGCACGUUCCAGUUGAUGCCGGGUCUCUUGGGAGUCCUCGGACUAGGAUUCGCACUCCUUCGGGCGCUGCAGGGAGCGAUGCACAGUGGCCCAACACCUUGGACGUGACUCGCCUAUUAAAUGUCGAAAUGGCGGUCUUCUGUGUCCGGUGUCCGGAUCCGUAGUCAAGUCCUUGUUCGCGGGGUCGUGGCAUUGGACUUCCAAUUAUUUGUAAGCUUUUGCGCCAUCUGCAGUUACGUAAUUUAGGUUAGAGAUUAAUUAAAGGCGGCCUUGUAAAUAGCGGAGAGCGGCGGGAGCCCAAUGGAGCUGGAUUGACGGUUCCGUAAUUAGGUUAAAUGUUACCAUAACUCCCAUCUCUGCGUGUCUCACAUACUCCCCAUACUGGAUUCAAUCUAAUGUACAUUCAAUUUAAAGCAUAACGUACACAGACAGACCCAUUCCAAGUUGUGAAAAUCGAAUCAAUAAUUAGAUUAUUGUCGCAAGCGAGUUAUUAAAUGAAAAUAAUA